AGGGGGAGGAGAUUUCCCUGUAGACGAGUAAAAAGCGUGAUGGACAAACGUGCGGGCACUAAGACCGCAAGGCAUUCAUUUCCUCCUACGGUGGAUGCGGACGCUGGGAGGAGAGCCCCUGAGCUAGGAGCUGGGAGCAGAGGCGCAGAGAACUCGUAGCGACUCCGAAGAUCAGCCCCAAUGAACAUGUCAGUGUUGACUUUACAAGAAUAUGAAUUCGAAAAGCAGUUCAACGAGAACGAAGCCAUCCAAUGGAUGCAGGAAAACUGGAAGAAGUCUUUCCUGUUUUCUGCGCUGUACGCUGCCUUUAUCUUUGGUGGUCGGCAUCUGAUGAACAAGCGAGCCAAGUUUGAACUUCGGAAGCCGCUCGUGCUCUGGUCACUGACACUUGCCGUCUUCAGUAUAUUCGGUGCUCUUCGAACUGGUGCUUACAUGCUGUACAUUCUGAUGACCAAAGGCCUGAAGCAGUCAGUUUGUGACCAGAGUUUUUACAAUGGACCUGUCAGCAAAUUCUGGGCUUAUGCAUUUGUGCUCAGCAAAGCACCCGAACUAGGUGACACGAUAUUCAUCAUUCUGAGGAAACAGAAACUGAUCUUCCUGCACUGGUACCACCACAUCACUGUGCUUCUGUACUCCUGGUACUCCUACAAAGACAUGGUCGCUGGGGGUGGUUGGUUCAUGACUAUGAACUANGGCGUGCAUGCCGUCAUGUACUCUUACUAUGCCUUGCGGGCUGCGGGUUUCCGAGUCUCCCGGAAGUUUGCCAUGUUCAUCACCUUGUCCCAGAUCACUCAGAUGNUGAUGGGCUGUGUCAUUAACUACCUGGUCUUCAACUGGAUGCAGCAUGACAACGACCAGUGCUACUCCCACUUUCAGAACAUCUUCUGGUCCUCGCUCAUGUACCUCAGCUACCUUGUGCUCUUCUGCCAUUUCUUCUUUGAGGCCUACAUCGGCAAAGUGAAGAAAGCCACGAAGGCUGAGUAGUGUCAGAACUGAGGAGGAAGACAUAGCUCAGGGUCAUCACGAAAAAUCAUCGACAAAAGAAAAAUGGCACAAGGAAUCACAUAUGGUGCAGCUAAAACAAAAACAAAACAUACGUAGGAGCAGACACGAAGCCCAAGGCAGCUUGGGAGUGAAGAUUAGGUUGUAAGUUUAUGAUCCUUUUCUGGGUGAGGACUCGCUGAGUGCAACUGUUAUCUCAAAGCACGGCUGCUGAAGGGACCCCUUCCCUCUGGCCUGUCAACUCUAGAACACACUAGAUGCAAAGGCAGCCACGGGCAAAGAGAUUAGUGGAAGGCCAGCAAAACACUGCAGGAAGCAGGUGGGGGAGGAAUCUACUCAGUCUUUUUGUUUUGUUUUGUUUUGUUUUGUUUUGUUUUUCUCUAAGGAUAAAGGAGUUUCCCCUUUUCAAACCAUGUGAGCACACACACACACACACACACACACACACACAAUCUUUUCAACACGAAACCAGAGCUGAAAGAAAAGAUAAACAUGGGAGAGACAGGGUUUAUAUCUGGGACAGCAAUGCUUUUGCAAAAGGCGAGGCCUUUUAAAGACAGGUUAGCUUGUAACUCCUUGAUAAAAGAUGUCUUAAUUAUUUUUACUGCAACUGAAAGUAAAAAGGUAGAGUCUUUCCCCUUCUGCACAGACAGCCUCAGGGCUUGUAUGUUUGCUACAACCAAACAGAGGACAAUACUUCCCCCAUGAUACUUUAUUACUGGGAGAAAGCUACCCCUGUAGUUGAAGCACCACACUGACAACUGUUAUUUCUGCUCUCCGAUGAGAAUUCAAGCAUCCGUUGUUCAGUUGCCCCCAAACUUUAGGACGGAGGAGUAAAUGCCGAAUUGAAAAGGAAGAAGCUCAACUGGUUGGCUUGAAAAUGGAAUCUUGUACCAUGUGUAACAAAUGCCAGCCCAUCGUCCCUGAGGAAGGGCUAUGGGAAGAGACUAGAGCCGAAGAUUCAUUCAAUGCAGACAGCGUGUUCACCUCCCUCCCUGUUCGACCUCACACAUAAUCCUGGCUUUCUAAAUGAGGCCCUGUGAUACACUCUGUGCUUUCUAUAUUUUUGUGACUUUCAAAAACAGAUCUGCAGGGCUCUGCCUGAUUUGGGGUAAACACUGUGUUUCUGCAGUCUCUGCAUUUGCUCCCGUAAGCAGUGCAGAGGCGUGAGAAGUGCCCUCUGCUGGCUUAGUGAGAAGCUUCAACAAACACUUCACAGUAGGUUGAAAUAGCUGACCACAAAGGGCCUGCGUAGAUUAAACCCUAAGUUCUAAGUGCUGUCAAACACCUGACAUAUAUUUGACCAAAUCAGAAGAGAGAGAGAACCUCUAUGCUUCAAGUAAGCGUCAUAAAUUUUUAAAGUGACUUUCACUUGAGAACUCAGAAAGUCAAUGUAUUAAGAGCCAUAUUCUGAAUGAAAGAAAGAAAGGAAGAAAGAAAGAAAGAAGCAAGCUAGACAAUGUUAUCUGUAAUAUUUCAGUCCUCUACAAGCCAAAUAAAUGUGUCGAUGUUCCUAAUAUUUCAAAGACGCAAUUACGUAAAGUUGUUCAAUGUGAUAUAAUAGUAUUCUAAUUGGUUAAGUAGUUUAAUGAUUAGGCAAACUAGCAGAAACAAUUAGAGGCUGCUACACCGCGUAGAUUAUACACACAUAGCCACGUACGCACAGAAGCGUGAGGUACACGGAGCUGUAAAGCUCAAACCAAUAGUAACACAAUUUUUGGCUAGCAGAAACUAUCACCUAUCUUCCUUUACUUGAGAGUGUACAGUAAAAGGGAUUUUUUUUUCAAAUUAUUUUUAUAUUAUUUUAGCUUUAAUUGUGCUGUCAUUCAUGAAACAGCUGCUCAGCCUUCCUGUGAGAGAUGACAUGGGUGUUUUCGUGUGGCUUGUUUAUGUGUGGAAUUGGAAAAGAAUAAAAUCUGAUUCCCUUCUGUGGGAAUGGGAUCAAGGGUAGACAAAAGACCCAUGUAGAUCAAGUCAACUGAACGACCAGGGAAGGGAGCCAGGCGGGGGCCGGAGUCAGCUGUGGCAUUCAUGUUACCAUUGUGUGGUGGCUGAUGAACGGGACAUGGUUGGAGGGGUGUUUUCUUACUUGGGGUAGAAGUUAACUGGAAAUGAAAGUCUAGAAGCCGCUCCGUCCAGUGGAGUCUUAGGGUGUACUUGUUCCUUCGAGCUUUGUAAAUGCACAAUAGUGUACAUUAAUAAGCCUUUCCCUUGCCUUAUAGAAGAAAGUGAGCAAGAUAAUGAAAACCAAGAAGCCACCUAUCCGUUGAAUUGAGUCUAGUCAAAAGGCCAGCCUGAGGCUCCUCUGGUCGGUUCAGUUUAAUUCAGAUAUUUAUCAUAGAAUACAGGUACAAUAUGGAAAUCUCAUAAGCAUAAACUUUAAAACGACUAAGCUACGCUUCCAAAGCACUUUAGUCUCAGUGUUCUUCGCUUCAUGCUCUCUCCACUGUAAGAUAACUUAGACUUUUCAUUCGCAGGAUGAGUAUAUAAUAAUUAGUUUCCAGACCAGCUAAACUGUAGCUACAGACAAUUCCAGUGUUCACCAUGGGAAGAAAAAGCCACAUGUUUUUUUAAAAACACAGAAUUAUGAUAUAGGCUCAGCACACAGUUUUUAACAUAUCAGCUUAGCUGCUCUAAUUAUAUCAAGAUAUGAGGCUGGACCACUGGCCUAUGACACAUCUAAAACCUGCCAGAAUUGACUGCCACAUAGAUAAUACUGCUGUCAGUGAACAUUCCGGGCAAGCAAGUUUUUGUAGCUGCCCCACUAUGCUGCAAUAGAUUAUCUUUCUAUUGAAGAUUUCUCGCUGCAUUCCAAUCCCAGUGUGGUGAAACUUAAUUCCUGGAUUGAAUGAACACAAAUCCGAGGUUUCAUAUAAACGCAGUUGCGGUCACUAGGUCUGAGCAUCAACUCAAAUGUGUUGAGUUUGCAAUGAAAUUCUAGUGAGAAUCACUCCAUUCACACAGUAGGAGAUUUUUAUCUGGACCUUCUAGUGUCAAAUGUGAGGAAAACAACUAUUAUUAUUUAUUGUAUUUAUAUCCAAUGCCAGGCCAAAGUAUGGAUUUAGAUCAAGCAGUGCCCUCUCCCCCACCCCCCAUCUUUCUAAUUCUUCUGCACUAUAGAAAGUCGAGACUGGAGGGAAAAUCCAUAUUCAUUGCUGCAGGGGAAAGCAGGUUUAUUAAUCCUCCAGCUGUCUUUAUUUAUAAGAUGAGACCGAUUGACCAAUGUAGCUCGGGCAGAAGUUUCAUGUGGGUGGGAUAUAUACAGGAGCCUAGGAAAACACUUCCAGAGAAGAUAACCACAGAUUGUUGUUUUUGUUUGUUCGUUUUAUAUCUUCAUGGUAAGAUAAGCCUGUCACAGAGUUACAAGGCACCAUGACACUAAGGUAGAAUGUUCCAGAAGUCUGGCUACCUUCCCAGGCUGCUCAGUUACCUGGGAGUGUCUAGUUACUGUCUUGUUCUGACGAGAGGAGCUUUUGCUCAGGAACUGCCAGUUAUAGACACCAAGUCAGCCCUGGCACACUCUCUAACCUUCUCCAAGCGUAGGUAAUGGGUCUUUGACUAUUGGAUUGCCUCAGUGUCAAGGGAGUUCCUAGGAGAAGGGACACCGAGUACACUCCAUCCCCAGACUCCACCACACUUUGAGUUGCAUUGGCAGGAUCGGUGUCUAGACAGAGUUCUUUGUUGAAGUGUCAAUGCUAGAGACAGUUGUGAGGAGAUCAUGAUGACAGCCCAGAACUUUCUAGCCUUCAAAUGCAUCCUUUUCCGGUCUUUGUUUUGAUAACAGCCAUUUUGCUAUCCGUUUGGGACAAGAGUAGAGUCUGUGGUCAUGUGAUCUACAGUUUAGGAUUAUACAGCUCCCAUUUCCUGGUGCCUGAGAUCCCAGCCAUCAGAAAGUGAUUUGGGUGAGAAUUCACAACAUAUAUGUCACCUCUGCAUAUUGAAGUGACAUCUAAUAAAACAAGGACGCCCUAUUUUGUCUGAACCCGCAGAAUGAAGCUCUGCAUCCUAGUUGGUCAUUGGGCCGCCAUCCUCUGUACCCGAUAGUGACACAAAACAUGUCGGUGCCUGUACAAGAAUUCUCAGUGCCUGUUGUGACAGACUGUGCUUAGGAGAAACAUGCGUGAGCCAUAAAGCAGGAACCACAGGUGAAAGGGCCAGUUAAAGUCCACCUGCUCCAAGUAUCAUAGAAAACCCAAAAGCCUGUUGUAUAAUCUGGUAUUGUCCCCAUCCCCAGAUACUUUGAAAACUAGGAUUCUCAGAGCAUGGAUACCCACGCUGCUAUCUUCCCACAAACAUUUCCUAGAGUUCUGGUGGGUGCAGAGCCUAGGGUGUUCUGGGUGGUUGGUUGGGGGAAGUCUUGGAAGCUGUACUUUUAUUGCAGGUCAAACAAAGCCAAAUCCAGAUAUUUCUGUGUCACUCACCAGUUGUCCAUGCCCACCCGCAAAACAAGUCAAGUUGUCCUAGCUGAUUGGUCCUCAGAUAAGGAUGCAACCAUGUUUGCAGCCCACUUAGGACACACUUGAAAGAGCCUGACUCACUAGCAUCUAAACAAUAUUAUUUCCCCAAUGCUUGGUGGCACUUCAAACUUUUGUUCUCCUGGUUGACGCAGAUCAAGGUGUUGCCUGGUGGUGCCGCCUCCUAGUGUGAAUGUUUCAGUUAAGUGUGGGUCUGAGCAUGACCGGGCUCGGCUUAGCUCACUGCUACUCAGAAAAUGACUGGCAUUCUGCUUCCUAGGCUCUAAACCCAUAUUCAGAGGGAAAAUUCACUAUUAAGCCUCACAGCGAAAUCACAGCAGUGUUGGAAUUCUUAUUUUCAAGUGCUUAUCUCACAACAUUGAAAAAUAUUUUUGGUGUAUUAAGAUUUAAAAUAAAGUCAUCAUAACUUUUGAUUUAAAA